ACCACGUCUUCCCUUCCUUCAAAUCCCAUCUCAUCUCUUCUCUUCUCAUAUGUAAUGUUAUGUACAUACCAAAUUUCUUCAUUUGAUUUCUAAUUUGUUUGUUUCCCCAUUCCGAGAAUUUUCUUCCUUUGCUUUGCUUCAGUUUGCAGUCAAACGAUUUGCAUACUUAAAUCGGCAUCUAGGGUUUUGAUUUCACAGAAUUUCAUCAAUCAUGGCGGUUCCAACCAUCGCUCUCUAUGCAACUCCUCCCACUGGUAUCUGCUCAACCCCUUAUCCAUGUCAGAUCAAUUCACACACGUCCUACGAUUUCGAUUUAAGCAGCCGUCCAUCGUCUUCGUCUACGGCCACCGUUUCAUCGUCGCAAAAACCAAUCGUCGGAGGGCUUUCUUCCAUGUUCUCGUCUUCAUCAAGCUUUUCCGCUGGCGGAUCUGAAGAAUUGCCGUCGAUGAGAGGUGCUGAAGAUCUGAGCAGCUCCUUUUCGUACUCGCCCUUUGGAUCUUAUUUGAAACGAGAUCAUGUUCAUCAAAGCCCGGUUUCGGUGUUUCAAGGUCCCGUUUCGAUGGGCAGUUCACCGCCGAUGAGGUUUUCUCCUGAAAGAGAUGGUUCGAUUCGUGUUGGGAGCAAGCGCUUGUUUAAAGGGUUUGUUACACACUCGUUAAGCUCGUGUGUGGAUUAUGGUUCUCGGAGUUUUCAAGUGCAAGAUAAUUUGGCUGAGGAACUUACAUUUAUGAUGGAUGAUACUAUUUUGAAGGAAUCAGAUCCCGAGCCGUAUGCUGCAGAUUUGUUAUUGGAUGCACAAGCGAAACACAAGAUUUUCAACGAUGACCUCGUUAUCAAAGCUUUCUUUGAAGCCGAAAAGGCUCACAGAGGGCAGAUGCGAGCUAGUGGGGAUCCCUAUUUACAGCAUUGCUUGCAAACUGCGGUUUUGCUGGCUACAAUUGGUGCUAACGCUACGGUAGUUGCUGCAGGACUUCUACAUGAUACACUUGAUGAUUCUUUCAUAAGCUAUGACUAUAUUCACCAAACUUUCGGACCUGGGGUUGCUGAUCUCGUUGAAGGGGUGUCUAAGCUAAGCCAAUUGAGCAAGCUUGCUCGUGAAAGCAAUACAGCGAACAGAACCACAGAAGCAGAUCGUCUGCACACUAUGUUUCUUGCGAUGGCAGAUGCGAGGGCUGUACUAAUAAAGUUGGCUGAUAGGCUGCACAAUAUGAUGACGUUGGAAGCGUUGCCUUUGAACAAAAAACAGAGGUUUGCAAAGGAGACUAUGGAGAUAUUUGCUCCUCUGGCUAAUCGUUUAGGGAUUACUAGUUGGAAGGAGCAAUUGGAGAAUCUCUGCUUCAAAUACCUUAACCCAGAGCAGCACAAAGAUCUUUCCUCCCAACUUUUGAAGUCCUUUGAUGAGGCAAUGGUCACGUCUGCUGCAGAGAAAUUGGAGCAAUCUCUUCAAGAUGCAUCCAUUUCUUACCAUGUUUUACAUGGGCGGCACAAAAGCUUGUAUAGCAUCUACUGCAAAAUGCUAAAGAAAAGGCUGGCCAUGGAUGAAAUUCAUGAUAUUCAUGGGAUACGUCUCAUUGUUGAAAAUGAAGAGGACUGCUAUAAAGCAUUAGAGCUUGUUCAUCAGUUAUGGACCGAAGUACCUGGGAAGUUCAAAGACUACAUAAAUCAUCCCAAGUGUAAUGGGUAUCGGUCUUUGCACACAGUAGUGAUGGGAGAGGGAUCGGUUCCACUUGAAGUUCAGAUCAGAACRAAAGAGAUGCAYUCACARGCSGAGUUUGGAUUYGCWGCYCAUUGGAGAUACAAGGAAGGUGAWUGUAWRCAYUCUUCRUUUGUGCUMCAGAUGGUUGAAUGGGCGCGUUGGGUUGUCACCUGGCAAUGUGAGAAUAUGGGCCAAGAUAAAUCAUGCAUCGGCUUUAACGAGGCUAUCAAGCCUCCCUGCACGUUUCCUUUUCAUUCCGAAGAUUGCCCACAUUCCUACAAACCUUGCUGUGGAUCCGAUGGGCCCGUUUUUGUCAUCAUGAUCGAAAAUGACAAGAUGUCAGUGCAAGAGUUUCCCGCAAGUUCAAGUGUGAAAGAUGUUCUAAACAAAGCAGGUCAGGGGAGCUCUAGAUGUGGUUCAUAUGGGUUGUCCAUGAAGGAAGAGUUGAGGCCAAGGUUGAACCAUGUGGCGGUGAGCGAUCCUAACUGCAAGCUGAAAAUGGGAGACGUGGUGGAGCUAACACCACGGAUACCAGACAAGUCGCUGAGUGAGUACCGGGAAGAGAUUCAACGCAUGUACGACAGGGGUCUGUCUGUAACUAAGUCGACUGCGGGUGUGGGAUGGGGAAGAUGAUAUAAUAUGUGAGUUUGGCAUGGAUACCGUGGGGGCAGUGGAUGAAUGUAUUAUGUAAUAUGUAUGUAAGAAAAGGAUAUAUAGGCGUAGGCCCAGAUAGAAAAUGAUUUGAAUUAUUUCUUGUAAAUACAUCUUUGUACAGAAAAAUGUAUCAUCCUUGUUUAAGGUUAGUAGAUUAUGUGGUUUUAAAAUUUGUUUGUUA